AGAAGAUGACGAAAGAAAGCCUCUCGACGCCGCUGCGAUCCCUCCGUCUCUCGGAAUCCUCUUCGAUCCCAGGAUUAACUGGUGAGAGGAUUCAAGAUGUAUACUGCAAGGAGAAAAAUCCAAAAGGACAAGGAUCUGGAGCCAACUGAGUUUGAGGACUCUGUCGCUCAGGCGCUUUUUGACUUGGAGAACAGUAACCAGGAGUUGAAGAGUGAUCUGAAGGAUCUUUUCAUAAAUUCUGCACUGCAAUAUGAUGUAGCUGGGAACCGGAAAGCUGUUGUUAUUCGUGUCCCUUAUAGGCUAAGCAAGGCUUAUCGUAAGAUCCAUGUGAGACUUGUGAGAGAGCUUGAGAAAAAAUUCAGUGGAAAGGAUGUCAUCUUGAUUGCUUCCAGAAGGAUACUUAAGCCACCAAAGAAAGGUUCAGCUGCAGUGCGCCCACGCAACCGCACCCUCACUGCUGUUCACGAGGCUAUUUUGGAGGAUGUUGUCUACCCUGCAGAGAUUGUUGGGAAGCGCAUCAGAUACCGGUUGGAUGGCUCGAAGAUCAUGAAGGUCUUACUGGACCCGAAGGAAAGGAACAACACUGAAUACAAGCUUGAAACCUUUGCUGGAGUCUACCGCAAGCUCUCCGGGAAGGAUGUGGUGUUCGAGUAUCCGACGACCGAAAAUGCAUGAAUACUACGUCUAAAUUUAUUCAUCGUAUAAUGUUUAGAUGGAAGGCAAUGUUUUAAUUGUUUUCGAAUGGAGUUGCGGUCAUUUUGAAUGUGGACCAUCCUGACCAGUUUUAUAGCAUCAAAUGUUUAUUGUCAUUGUCUUUUCUUGAUUACGGUUGCUCAAGUGAUCUGAAUUUAGACCCUCUUUGCUUGCCACUGUUGUGUACUUAACACUAGUUACAAACUCGCUUGUUUCCAAUAUUUUAAUUUAUUUGUUGGUUAAUGUGAA